AUGCCAUCGAGAUAAUAUGCCAUUACAUAUGUAUCCCGGAUCGUGGGCCGAUUGUGCUGGUGAUUUUACUAUGGGCUCUCGGGUUUUGAGGCUCGGAUUCGGGUGGCGAACCGAGAUUACCUAGCAGGAGUUAAAAGCCGUGUGGAUUUCGACGAUGAUGAUGCCUAGUCGUGUCAAUAAGCCCAUCGCGUUCGUUCCUACAAGCCGCGUUUUACGCCUCCCAUCACGCAGCCAUCAAGCACCAAGCCAUCCACGGAAGCAGAAUGUCCUCAAUCACCACCGCGAUCCCCACGGGCCUAAUCACCUCCUGGUGCAUCGGCGCCGCAGCGCACUUCGACGACGGCUCGCGGUACGAAUGCCAGCGCGACUCGCCCGGGUGGUCAGCGACCAACUUCCAGACCUUCUGCUGCGACGGCGACAUCCUCAACACGGCCAAGGACAUCUGGCGCGACAUCGGGGACCGCGGCAAGAACAACUCGAUCGACAUGGCCGACAUGAUCUGCUGCGGCCUAGGCGGCGCGCAGCAAGGCGGUAUACACCCGCUCCCGACCGCGUACACGGCGUGUUCGGCCGGCGCGCCGACGCCCCUGGCCAGCAUCGCGGGCACGAACACGGAUAACGCGGUGCCGUUCCGCGUCACGUACACGAGCGCUAGUUUUGGCGGCGACGGCGGCACCGUUGUUGGCGAUUACAUCCCCACCGAGCGGCCGACUUGCUUCUGGGCGUACACGGUUGGCGUCGGGACGACGGAGGUCACGUUGCCGGCGCCGGAUAUCACGACUCUGCCCCCGGAUACGACGGACGAGUUUGGGUUCACUGUUGCGACGCCGACGACGGGGCCUAGGACUACUACUAUGGAGAAGAGUGCUUCGGAGCCUACUGGUACGACUGGCAGCUCAGGCGACGACGCGUCGAGCUCGGGGCCGAGAACUACGGUUUUGACGGGGACGGGGACGGGGACGCAGAGUAGUAGCGAGGUUCCGAGCGAGUCAACGUCGACGCCUUCGGGCGCGUCGGCUGUUACGGGUGUAGGGAAGGGAUAUAUGUGUCUUGGUUUGGGUCUUGUGACCGUGAGUUUGCUUUGGAGCUGAUACAUAUUACACAGUGUAUCUGGGCUGAGAAUCUCAAGAGUGGAUAUGUACAUAGAGACGGGGCAAGUUAUGACUAUGUUAUGAUGUUGAUAAUAAUGUAAUGAUAAUGUGUACACUAGAGGUUGCCCCCCCGGGCAACACAAAAGCCUA